CUUAUCACGAGCACUUCCGCGUCACAUGACACUCAUGAAACAUGGCUGCAGUUCAGUGGCACUCUCGCAGUCGUAAAUAUGAGUGUGAGCAUCAGUGUGAGUCUUCAGUUGUGGAGUUCAGUGAUUAUCAUCCUCUCAAAGCCAUCACGGUGACAGAUAGUAAAUCUGGUCGUGGUGUGAGGAAGGGCAGCACAUCAUCCUCCUCAUCCUCCUCCAGUUCUGUGGCUCUGGAUCCUCUCAGUUCUCUACUGGAUGGCACUGAUCCGCUGUCGCUCUUCGCUGCGGCGUCUGAGACCCCAACUCUCCCUCACAGCGUCUCUGCUGGGGAGUUGGGGAGGAAGCAUCAGGAGAAAGAGGACGAGGUGGGUUCAGACUUUGAGUCAUGGUCCUGUAAGCGUGGAGAGAUUCUGGCUAGAUUCACCACUACAGAGAAGCUGUCUAUAAAUCUCUUCAUGGGCUCAGACAAGAGUAAAGCAUCCAGUCCCAGUUCAGCGGUGUCAGAGAAGGUGCGCACUCGACUGGAGGAACUGGAUGAUCUGGAGGAGGGCUCUCAGAGGGAGCUGUUGAAUCUGUCCCAGCAGGACUAUGUGAACCGUAUAGAGGAACUCAAUCAAUCUCUGAAAGAGGCCUGGAGUUCAGACCAGAAGGUCAAAGCACUGAAGAUAGUCAUCCAGUGCUCUAAGCUGCUGUCGGAUACAUCAGUAAUUCAGUUUUACCCCAGCAAGUUUGUCCUCAUCACAGACAUCCUGGACACAUUCGGUGGUCUGGUCUAUGACAGGAUCUGGUCCAUGUGUGCUGAUCCACAUCCUCUACCAGAAUCGUUCUGUGCUGAUGAUGUGAAUGACACAGCUAAAGAAACUUGUCUGAACUGGUUCUUUAAAAUCGCCUCCAUCAGAGAGCUCGUCCCUCGACUAUAUGUCGAAGCUGCUCUUCUGAAAUGCAAUCGCUUCUUGACAAAGUCGGGGAUUCAGGAGACGCUGCAGAGACUGACGGCAAUGAUCAGAGGAAUAGGAGACCCGCUGGUGGCUGUAUAUGCACGAGCAUACUUAUGCAGGGUGGGGAUGGAGGUGGCUCCUCACCUGAAGGACAGUCUGAAUAAGAACUUCUUCGACCUGCUGGCGUCGUUCCGUCAGAUUCAUGGUGACAGUGUUCAGAAUCAGCUGGUGUUACAGCGAGUGGAGAUUCCAGUGUAUCUGACUCUCUAUUCUCCUGCCAUUCACUGGAUCCUGCAGUGUGUGGCGUACAGAGCUCCAGAGGUCCUGCUGACAGAGAUGAUGGAGAGAUGCAAGAAAUUAGGCAACAAUGCUCUUCUGCUGAACUCUGUCAUGGGGGCGUUUCGAGCUGAAUUUGUGGCUACAAGAGCAACAGAUUUUAUUGGCAUGAUCAAAGACUGUGAUGAGGCAGGAUUUCCCAAGCACUUGUUAUUUGCGUCUCUGGGUCACAGUCUGUCUUCUGCCGAUCCUCCAGAGAACGAGAGACUCUCUAUACUCAAUGAAGCAUGGAAGGUCAUCACUAAAGUGCGCAGUCCACGGGAUUAUAUCAACUGUGCUGAGAUCUGGGUAGAGUUCACCUGCCGUCACUUCACUAAACGGGAGGUGAACACUGUCCUUGCUGACAUCAUCAAACACAUGACUCCAGACAGAGCGUUUGAAGAUGCUUAUCUGCAGCUUCAGUCGGUGAUAAUGAAGAUUCUCACAUACUUCCAUGACUUCUCAGUGCUCUUCUCCAUGGAGAAGUUCUUGCCCUUCCUCGACAUGUUUCAGAAAGACAGCGUGAGGGUGGAGGUGUGUAAAUCCAUCAUGGAGGUCUUCAUCAAACACCAGCAGGAGGUGACGAGAGACCCCGUCAUUCUGAACGCACUGUUACACAUCUGUAAGACCAUGCACGACUCUGUCAAUGCUUUAACUCUAGAUGAUGAGAAAAGAUCUCUGGCUCUGCUCAUUAAUGGAUUCAUCCGUAUGGUAUCGUUCGGGAGAGAUUUUGAGCAGCAAUUGAGUUUCUGUGUGGAAGCUCGAGCGACCUUCUGCAACCUAGAGGCUGUCAUCAUUCACCUCAUACAUACGGCGAAUCAGUUAGCCAUGGAGACCAGACGCGUGAUGAAAGGAAAUCACUCGCGCAAAACUGCUGCUUUUGUCAGGGCGUGUGCGGCCUACAGUUUCAUCACUAUUCCGUCUCUCACCAGUAUCUUCAGUCGUCUCAAUCUGUACCUGCUCUCUGGACAGGUCGCGCUAGCCAACCAGUGUUUGUCUCAGGCGGAUGCGUUUCUAAAGGCAGCAGUCAGUGUUUUACCAGAGGUCCCACGCUCCAUCAGUGUUGAGGGUAAACAGCGCUCAUCAGAGCCCUUCCUGCUCGACUUCAUCAAUAACUUCCUCUCUACACUGCUCGUAGUGCCGGAUCAUCCUGAGCAGGGUGUGCUGUAUCUGGUGCGAGGACUCUUGAACAUGGUGCAGGAUUACACCUGGGAGGACAACAGCGACGCUAAAGUCCGCGUCUACAUCAGCGCUUUACCAUUACUAGCAGCAAUGAGCCAAGAAACUUAUCUCUACACCAUUCCUAAAGUGGAUUCCAAUGAAACUCUCUAUGGGGGAGAUCCCAAGUUCAUUGCAGAGAUCAAUAAGCUGUGUGAGACUCUGAUUGGUCAGGUGCUGGAUCACUUAAAGAGUCUGGGGCGAGACGAGGGAGUGCGCAAACAGGGUACUUUGGCAUUCUCUCUGUUCAGCUGUCUGUUAGCUCAUGGAGAUGUACGGAACAAUAAGCUCAACCAGCUGUGCGUAAACCUGUGGAACCUCAGCCACAAACAUGGCUUCUGUGAUACACGUACCUCGGUUCGGACUCUAGAGCACAUCAAACAUCAGGCACAGCAGCCAGACUUGAGUCAUCUCACAGACAUCAUAACACGACUGUCACUGCAGUCCAGAGCCUGACCACAAUAUCAGUGGUCAACAACCAGAAACUAUGAAGAUCACAACAGUUUCAGGUUGUCAGCCUCUUUGAAAAACAUGUUGUUUUCAAAUAUGAGUGUUCCGGAAACCAACCUGUAGUGUCCAAUUUCGGUCAUGUUUAUUUGUGAAAGACAGUAAUGCAUCACAAAGCUUUUGAGAUUAGUUGAGGGGAAAAUAAUUAUAAUCACUCAUUCCUGAAGAUCGUUUGAUUGUCUACAAUUUCAGUUUGCACUUGUUAUUGUAUAACCAGGUAUUAUAUCAAAUAAUCGAAACUAUUAUUAGUACAUGUUCAUUUUGGUUAAAGUGAGAAAAAGAGACGAACAGACAUCUUCAAAUACCGUUUAAGUAGCAAUACACUUUUGCGUGUCAGACAUCAACAUUGAUUUGCUUCCUGCUACUGUAGUUGGUUGCAGGUGAUUUUAAGAGAGGUCAUUUCUCAUCCUGGACAGAAUUUGGACACAUCAGCACAGUGAUCAAUAGAGUCAUCAUUAUUAAGGUUAAUGUGAAGCAUUUAUUAUUGACGGAGUCAUCUGAUUGGCCCUUCAUUGUCCCCGUGCUGGAACAUUAUUGGUUAUGGGUUUCUUUGAAUCAUUUCUAGUCCUUUAAAAAUCACCAAACCAGACGAAAUGAUUUUCAGAAUAAUGAUGGGAAGUGUUCACCAGUCCAGUUCUGAUUUACUCUUCAAUUGUAGCAGCUGAUUUCAAAUAAAUUGUUACCUAUGUGAUUAUGUUCCAUUUUAAAUUCAAAUGUUUAAAAUUCAUUCAAAAUGAAUUAUGUCCACGGGCUGUUAUUUAAAAAGUCAUUUA